AUGCCUUUUCUUUUGGACAUAUUGCUGACACAGCAACGGGCGAGGAUCAUACCGGCCGAGAACGGGAAGCCUCUGAAAGAAGCACAGGGUGAAAUCCUGUAUUCUGCCUCAUUUCUGGAGUGGUUUGCGGAGGAAGCUCGACGGGUUUACGGUGAUGUAAUUCCAGCAUCCGCAAAAGACCGAAGAAUCCUGGUGCUGAAGCAGCCAGUAGGAGUGGCAGCCGUUAUAACCCCAUGGAAUUUCCCCAGUGCUAUGAUUACCCGGAAGGUUGGUGCAGCUCUGGCAGCUGGCUGUACGGUGGUAGUGAAACCUGCAGAGGACACACCUUUAUCAGCAUUAGCUCUUGGGGAGCUUGCAAACCAGGCUGGAAUUCCAGCGGGAGUGUAUAAUGUUGUUCCUUGUUCCAGGCAACAGGCGCCAGCUGUAGGGGAAGUUCUGUGCACUGAUCCACUGGUAGCCAAAAUAUCUUUUACUGGCUCCACAGCAACAGGAAAGAUACUGCUGAAACACGCAGCUGGCACUGUGAAGCGAGUUUCCAUGGAGCUUGGAGGACAUGCUCCUUUUAUAGUGUUUGACAGCGCCAAUGUGGACCGUGCUGUUGCAGGAGCCCUUGCUUCUAAGUACAGAAACUCAGGGCAGACCUGUGUUUGCACAAACCGCUUCCUGGUACAAAAGGGAAUCCAUGACAAAUUUGUGGAAAAGUUUGCUAAAGCUAUAGAGAGAGAACUACACGUCGGAAGUGGAUUUGAUGCAAAAACUACCCAAGGGCCACUAAUUAAUGAAAAAGCAGUGGAGAAGGUAGAGAGACACAUUAAUGAUGCAGUUUCUCAAGGAGCAUCUAUUGUGACUGGAGGGAAGCGACACAGUUUGGGGAAGAAUUUCUUUGAGCCAACGUUACUUAGUAAUGUUACAACAAAAAUGCUUUGCACCCAAGAGGAGACAUUUGGCCCUUUGGCACCAGUUAUCAAGUUUGAGACUGAAGCAGAAGCUGUUGCUAUAGCAAAUGCAGCUGAUGUGGGUUUAGCAGGGUAUUUCUACUCCCAAGAUCCAGCUCAGAUCUGGAGAGUUGCAGAACAGCUGGAAGUUGGAAUGGUUGGUGUUAAUGAAGGGAUAAUAUCCUCAGCAGAGUGUCCUUUUGGUGGGGUAAAACAGUCUGGCUUAGGUCGAGAAGGUUCGAAAUAUGGCAUUGAUGAAUACUUAGAAAUAAAAUACGUCUGCUUUGGAGGCCUAUAAAAAUCUUCAAAAAGCACAAUCCCAACAGCUUGGAAAAGAGUGCUGUAAUUUUAAUAAAAUUCUUGAACCAGAAAUAUGUAUGAAUGCAACUUCAGCCUUCUUUAAACUAAACAACCCUGUUCUGUAUGUGUAGAGAUAUUUACAGUAUUCUGUGCUGCCAUAUGUUUUUACAUGUUCUUCAUUUACACAUUCAGUUUUCUGGCAAUGUGAUCACAAUGUCCACCAUUUUUGGUAAGGGGUAGGGAAGAAUGCACAUUUAUUAUUCUUGGAUUAACCCUGUGUAACUGGGAGGACUUAGAGACUUGGGCAUAAUGAAAACAGAUCACAAGCAAGGGGAAACUAGAGCACCAUUUUCUAUUGCCUCUAAUGUUUCAUUGUGGAUUUGUGAGGCUUUGGGGAUGGCAGUCUCCCUUUAGAAUUUUGUGUAUAUACUCACAUUUUCUAAUGUGGUUAUGUGCCCUUCUUUUAGAAGCAGGCGUGCCUUUUUUUUUUUUUUAAUUGUGGGAUAAUCUGAUGCUUAUGAAAGGUGAGGAAUUGCUUUUAGCUGCAGCUAGGUAUCCAUGCAGGCAAAUGGGCAGCUUUUUCAGUGCAUGUUAAUGCUGGCUGCAGAGCUGCCACCUGUUCAGCUUUGGGCUUCUGAGCAAAGAGCUGCAAGAGCAGUGCUGGGAACAGGACAGUCCAGGACGAGGAGUUGCUGGCUUGGUGAGUAGCAGGAGGAAGAUGGGAUGCUUACUUGCAGGAAUAACUUUCAGAAUUCUAAGGGACACUGUAAGGGCUGUGUGAAGAAAGCACAAAUGGUGACAUGAUGAUAUAGAUAAGCUCCCUUCCAUGAAAAGAAUGUGACCCCUUUGGUCAAAAUGAAGUCACUGAUGUAAAUGUUGCUUAGCAUCUAAAGGAACAUGACUCACCACCUCCAAAGAACAUGAGCAGACAGAUGGUUCUGUUCCUAGGGGCUUUGAGCCUUGAAUUGGAUUUGUGGUUAGACAGGUGAAUGUCCAUUAGGGAGGAAGGUUUAAAAACCUUUGAACUUUUCUAACUUGUGACCUAAUAAAGAUUUAAACAGAAGUGAUUAGAGUUGGGACUUCUGCACAACACCUCACUAUUUUGUCAUCUUCAAAAGAUGAUGUAAAGCUUCCUUAAUAGGAAAGAAACAAUGCUGUUGAAACAUUAUUUUAAUGGCAGUCAAAAAAGGCACUUUAAAAAAUGUGCACUGUUUAUUUGACAAAUAAAUCAGCACCGCAGAGGCUAAGGGGAAUAAAUUUUGUUUCCUGUGUUGGUUAACUUUAUUGGGUGGGAUUUUACUCAGCAAUUACAAAAAAUAAAUAAAAGGUGGCAAGAGAGCUCUUCUUCCUAUGGACUAGUGAAUGUAUCCUGUGAAAUGGGAUAUAUUUUAAGAUACUUUAUCCAAUCAGGCAAAGAGGCUUCCCCUGUGCCCGGAAGCAAGCCAGAACAGAGUUUCAUGGAGAUUUUUUUAAAGCGCACAUUAGGUAGCAUUGAUUGCUACUUACUAUUUCUAAAUAUUUUUUUAUGGUUGUAUUUAUGUAACACUUGAGACCAGGUGGGUGUGGAGUAUGUUAUCUGUCAGUAGUGUGUGUGUGUGCAUUAUGCCAACUGAAGGGUGGUUAAAGGAUGCUUACUGCCUUUCCGGUAACUUCCAAUGCACCAAAAAUACACAUAUAAGAUAAUGAGGACUUACUUAAUAUUGUUAUUACUUGCAGCAUAUGUGCUUGUUGUCAAGAAUGAACAAAGGAUGACCUAUGUCUACAUUAGUUGCAAGAAACUUUCUUAUAGCCAACUACUAAGCUUAUGCUAUUGAACGCACAGGCUGCCUGAAUUUGGCAAAUACAGCGUUGUGGAGGAGCAAGCUGUUUGCCAGCCUUUGCUGCUAAUACAUCUUUAUUUCUUACUGGAAAGAAUAACUAGGUAGAAGAAGGUCAUAACUUGGUGCCUGGGUACCACAACACAGGAAUAGGAACGCUUAGAGGUAUCAUACACAGUAUGAUACACAGUAUCUGCCACUGAAAUUGCACAGGCUUAAAAUAUGUCUGCCCGGGAACUGCAGUAUAAGGCCAAAUUAAAGUUACCAUCUCCUUUACUGCUGUAUGACAGUGCAGUCCUGAAUGUGUGUGUACUUCUUGGGACAGUGCAGUUGGAGGAUAAAUUCUUUAACCUACUGCUCUAUUCAUUACAAAGUUACUUGAUCUGAUCCAUCAGCACAUUUAAAAUCUUCAUGUCUUUUCUGAGAAUAGCACUGUUAAUGAGUAAAUGUUUACUUUCUUCUACCAAAUAAUACCUUUUACCAUGCCUGAUAACAAGCACAAACCAUAACUAAAGAUAAGGUGUGGAAUAAACUUCAAAAAUACCUUUGUCUGGAUUGGAUUGUGGUUGGAUUCCAGCAUAGUAUCCUUGUAUCAGUAAGGUCUACAUCAGUUAAGCACAGAAUAAUCUUAAAGUUGUCUUCAUAGCAAAGGCUGUGAUUCUUCAGCAGAAGAUAUACUUGAAUUCUCACACCUCUUAUGUUGAUUACACUUGUGAUAGUUUAGCAAUUUCUGGACAUUAAAACUGUGAUGGAAAAAUGUUUUCAGUUAAUAAAUAAC